AUGGCUGAUACAUCAGACGCUACCCGACGUCUGAACGCUAAAAAACAAACAUUGGAUGAUGCUUAUGCGGCUCCGGCUAAUUUUUUGGAAAUUGAUGUAGCACUUCCUAUUACUCAUGGUGUCGGAAAAAAACGAUACACGGAUUAUGAAGUUAAAAUGAGAACCAAUCUUCCUGUUUUUAAAAUAAAAGAAUCGACAGUCAGAAGAAGGUACAGCGACUUUGAAUGGUUGAGAACAGAAUUAGAAAGAGACAGCAAAAUUGUUGUUCCACCAUUACCUGGAAAAGCAUGGAAAAGAUUAAUGCCGUUCAGAGGUGAUGAUGGUAUUUACGAAGAAGAUUUCAUAGAAGAAAGAAGGAAAGGAUUAGAAAUAUUUGUAAAUAAAAUAGCUGGCCAUCCAUUGGCUCAAAAUGAAAGAUGCCUUCACAUGUUUUUACUGGAACCUGUAAUAGAUAAAAAUUAUGUUCCAGGAAAGAUUAGAAACACCUAA